UUGGUGUAUUUCCUAUUUUCCUGUUGACAAGUAACCACGCGAAAUUUUGUCGCACUACUUCUUGUGUAUUUUUAUCAUCUUCUAUUUAUUAUUAUCUUAUAUACUUAAAAAGAUUUCAUUGAUAGGUUAAUACAUAGGAGGGGAAAGAACGUCAUUCGACGUUUGUCCUUAGCCCGCUUAUUUUAAAAAGUGUGAUUUUAAACGAUGGAAUCUUCGAAGACAGGAAAGAGAAUAACAUUGGAUGAUUCUGAUACAAAACCACUUGUGCCUAUUUUGGUACGACUUCACACAGAUAGUUGUGCUACUCACAAUAUACACAUUGAUAAAAACGAGUUUAGGAUAGGUCGUGCUAGAGACAAUGAUGAAAUCAUUUUGGAUGCAGUGAUAUCUAGAAGGCACUGUAUUUUCAGAUGUGAAGGGAACGAAGAAUGGACUAUUAAGGAUACUAGUUCUUCCACUACAUUUGUCAAUGAUGUUUCUCUUGUAUCCGGAGAGAACAAAAGACUCAAUGAAGGAGAUAUUAUACAAUUCAGUACAUACAGUCGGUUUAGAUAUAUGUUCACUCUUGCUGUCAAAGAGGAACGCAGAACCAAGAAGCCUAGGAUAGACGAACAGAUAUUGGAUAAUGUACUUAUUGAGCAGAAAACGUUUUCAGAAAGUCAGGAAUGUCAGAAAAGAGUUCUUAAAGAAAAACUACAGACAAAGCAAAAGGAACAAGACACAUUGAAGCAAGAGUUGGAACAGCUUUUGAUGCAACAAUGUGCUGCUAAAGAAAACACGGAAGACUUAAAAAAACAAAUUAACAUUUUGGAAAAUAAAAUAGAGAGCGGUAACAUCCAAGAACAGCAUUUGCAUAAAAUGUAUGCUGACUUGUUAGAAAAACUAGAAAACGAACGAGUGCAAUUCGAAAAGAGAUUGAAUGAUGAGAAACAAAAGUGGCAAGAAGCAUUGGAUGUGAGUAAACAGGAGAAAGAAGAGUUGGAGAUCAAAAUGAGGGAACAAAUGGAAAAGUGGAGAGAAGAGCAGCAGAUGGAAUGGAAAAGCGUUAUGGAAGACAGAGUUAAAGAGGAGAAAAGUAUACAGGCACAAUUGUUAAAUGAAAAAACAGUUUUAGAGGAAAAGUUAAAGAAGACCGAAAAAGCAUUAAAGGAAAAAGAAGCUGAAGUUGAAGCAACACACACAGAUGUUGCUGGUCCUUCCGAAUUGAGGCCUGCCGUCAUAAACGAUAGUUGCAUAUUUUUAGAAUUUGUAAACGAUCCAACGGGAAUUCAAAUCUUGGAUACCAUAGACUUAACUCUACCCACUCAAAUUACUAUAAAUACAGAGGAGGAGCAAAAGGAAAGUGUAAUCAAUAAAGUUAGCAAUAUAAUGGAUGAACAAUUGACUUGUAGCGUGUGCUCCGAGUUAUUUGUGAAGGCAACGACUCUGAAUUGUAUGCAUACGUUUUGUCAUCAUUGUAUUGUUACAUGGAAUAAGAAGAAAAGGGAAUGUCCCGUUUGCAGAGCACCGGUAACAUCUAUGAAUAGAUCGAUAGUUCUUGAUAAUUUCAUUGAAAGUAUGCUGGAGAGUUUACCUACAGAAUUAAAAGAAAGGAGAAAAGAGGUCAUAGAAGAAAGGAAAGCUGUACAACAUAAAAGGAAGAUUCGUUAACGCUUUGUCCUGCAGAAAAGUACAAGUCUGAUUCCUGUUGAUGUUCAAAAUACUUUAUUCAGUAUGAUUUUAUAUUUUUGAAUAAAUGCUGAUAGCGUUAAUAUAAGGAUAUUUUGCUAAUAAUAGUAUUAAUAUAAGAUAAAAACAAUUGGAACGCAUAAAUUUAAUUUUCUGAAGAAUAUUAUAGUAUCAUUAGUAAUUUCCACUUAUUAUCUCAUACAGCAUUGUAUUCGAAAAAGUAAUUAAAUUCAAAUUAAGUUCAGAAUGUACGAUAAUAAGUGGAAGAACAAAGUGCCAUCUGAUGGCAAAAGUUUUCAAUGUGCAGAUUAUAUUUAAUAUAUAAAAUUUUCUACUUUGUUUCUUUUGUUAUACGUGACAUACAGUACUUAAGGUUAUUACAUCAAAAUGAUAUAUUUUUUAUUGAUUAAAAUAACAAACAAAACAUA